GAUGGCGGCGCACGGGGGCUCUGCGGCCUCCUCGGCGCUGAAGGGGUUAAUCCAGCAGUUCACCGCCAUCACGGGUGCAAGUGAAAGUGUGGGGAAACAUAUGCUUGAAGCCUGCAACAAUAACCUGGAGAUGGCUGUCACAAUGUUUUUGGAUGGUGGAGGAAUAGCUGAAGAGCCUAGUACCAGUUCAGCCAGUGUAUCUUCUGUCAGGCCACACACAGAAGAUGAAGUACGAGCUCCAAUUCCUCAAAAGCAGGAAAUAUUAGUAGAACCAGAGCCUUUAUUUGGUGCUCCUAAAAGACGGCGGCCUGCUCGUUCAAUAUUUGAUGGUUUUCGAGAUUUUCAGACUGAAACGAUUCGGCAGGAACAAGAGUUGAGAAAUGGAGGAGCAAUAGAUAAGAAGCUCACUACCCUUGCAGAUCUCUUCCGACCACCUAUUGAUCUAAUGCAUAAAGGCAGCUUUGAAACUGCCAAAGAGUGUGGUCAGAUGCAGAACAAGUGGCUCAUGAUCAACAUCCAGAAUGUGCAGGACUUUGCUUGCCAGUGCCUCAACCGGGAUGUCUGGAGCAAUGAAGCUGUGAAGAACAUUAUCCGGGAACACUUCAUUUUCUGGCAGGUAUAUCAUGACAGUGAGGAAGGACAGAGAUACAUACAAUUUUACAAAUUAGGGGAUUUUCCCUACGUCUCCAUCUUGGACCCAAGGACAGGUCAGAAGCUAGUGGAGUGGCACCAGCUAGAUGUGACCUCUUUCUUGGAUCAAGUGACAGGAUUCCUGGGUGAGCAUGGUCAGUUGGAUGGACUGUCCAGCAAUCCCCCCAAAAAAUGUGGCCGCUCUGAGAGCCUUAUAGAUGCAAGUGAAGACAGCCAGCUAGAAGCUGCUAUCAGAGCCUCCUUGCAAGAGACACAUUUUGAUUCUACACAGGCAAAACAGGACAGCCGCUCAGAUGAAGAGUCUGAAUCUGAACUUUUUUCUGGAAGUGAGGAAUUCAUAUCAGUUUGUGGUUCUGAUGAGGAAGAGGAGGUAGAGAAUACUGCCAAAUCUAGGAAAUCUCCCCACAAAGACUUAUUGCAUAGGAAAGAGGAGAGCCGGAGGCCUCAGACUGAGCCCUCAGCUAGGACUGAGCCUGGAACUGCAACAAACCACCAAGUACUGUCAGGCAUGGAUUCUGAAAUAUUGGAGGUGUUACCUGAGAAGUCAGAUGGGCUUUCAGAAGGGCUGGAAAUGAAUGGACCAAAAGCACAGCUGAUGUUGAGGUAUCCAGAUGGAAAGAGGGAACAGAUCACACUUCCAGAACAAGCUAAACUUCUAGCUCUGGUGAAGCAUGUGCAGUCAAAAGGAUACCCAAAUGAACGUUUUGAACUUCUCACCAACUUCCCUCGAAGGAAGCUUUCUCAUCUUGACUAUGACAUUACAUUACAAGAGGCAGGCCUCUGUCCUCAAGAGACUGUCUUUGUACAGGAAAGAAAUUAGCACCGUGGCCUGACCUCUCUCAGCUGCCCCUCAUCCUUUUACUUGGGAUACUGUGUCCCUGAGUGUGCAGUUUGGCUCCUAGGACCACAGAGCCAAACUGGGCAAAUGGCCCCCACCUACUCUCUUCUUUGUCUGAGCUCUCCUCCACAGCGUCUUUCUCUCUGUCCUCUGUCCUUCCUCCUUCCUUCUCUCUCCACUUUCUUCCUUUUCCCCCCUAAUCUGGUGACCAAAUGAAAACCUAAGUAUACCAUCUGUCCUAAUACUUGAGGCAGGAAAUGCUUUUUCCAUUUGGGAAAGAGGGAUGCUGUCUUGCGCAUCACUCUCUGGAAAUAAGAAAAAUAAUGUGACCUCAGUUUCCUGUGGCAGAGGAAGGGCCAGAUUAAAAAAAAAAAAAAGAACCACCUUCCAUCACCAUCUUAUUCUUUAUUCUUGGGAGAAAAGAAAAGGUGUCUUCAUUUUUUUUUUCAAGUUCCAUGUAAGAAGUAUCAUGUAACAAAAUGCCCAGGCUUUUACUUAUGUGGAGAAAAGCACUCCUUUUGAUAGUUUGUCCAAAAAAAAAAUUUAAUUUUCUCUUUCCCUCAUCUCUCCUGUAGAAGAAUAGGUCCAUGGUAUAUGUGCUGUUGGGAAGUUGAUUGUCAGAUAUGGGAUGAGAUAGAUUAGGAUGGCUUUCAACUCUCCUGCCUUAGACAGUUUUGUCCAUUGCUCUUUAUUUGAAAUUAUUUUAUGGAAGCUGUUGAUACCAACAUACUAGGAGUGAAUAGUAAUUCAUUGAAAUUACUGAAUCCUUUAUGACCAUUUUCAAGCUAACAUCUUAAGAUUUUCCAUAAUUUCAAAAACUUCUUGUGUUGGGAAAAGGAAUGUGUUUAUUCUUAGGACAGCAUAACAUUUCCUGGCCUCUUCCAUUUUCUGGGUCCAACAAAAGGUUUAAGAAUGGCAGGAGUCUUUUUUGUUUUUUGCUCUUUUUUUCUUUUGUUUGUUCUUUGCUCUUUUUUUUUUUUAGUUGUAGUUUUACAAUCAUGCAGUAAAAUGGUAACUGUAAAUUAGAAAUUGGCCUUGCUGUUGGUCUUAUCUAUGGUGCUUUAGGGCUGCCUCAGAGAAAAGAGAAAAGAAGUAAUUCUGAAUGGUGGGCUUCUUUAGUUAGGAAUAAUCCAAAUUCAUUUUGACCCCAGGGUAAAAUAGUCUUUAAGAGGUUAUGUGACUAAAUGAGCUGAGCUUUGGUUCUUCCUACACCUAUUACAGCCAAAGGAUGUUCAGUGGCUUCAGAACUAAAAGCAUCUCUUAAGAGAACAACUUUAAACUCAGUCCAUAAAGCAGCAUUUAAUAACUGGAGUGAGAAAAGCUGCUCUUAGUAAUCUCCAGCAAUUGUAUUUUUUCCUGCCACCAAAAGCCUCAUUUAAUUGUAUGAAAAGUGAGAAUUUGAUAUUUAGCUCCAGAGAAGAAGUUAUUUUAAAUGAAUGCAACACCAUUCACUUAGCCCUUUCUUAUUUUGAGUUAGCAGGAAAGUAAAGUAGGGACUGGGGUGAAGAUGCCAAUAGAACUAAAACUUUAAGUCUGUAUAGAGAUCAUAAUAUAGUGUGUACUCAGUUUUGUCACUGUUGAUUAGGCUGGUUCAUUUCUGCACCUUAGAGAAAAAAUAAAUUUCUAAUGUUGGAAAUAAAGACAAACUUUAACUUGUAACCCAAAUUCAGAUAUAUUUUCAGAGACUUUUAGGCUUCCUGUCUAUUUUAAGAGAUCUUACCUUUUAGCACCCAAGGGAUAAAGGAGGAGGGGAUUAUCUUCUGUUAGUACACGAUUGUGAAGUGUGAUUUCUAACGAUUGAUUGGUGAGGCACCCUCACUAAAGAAUGAAAUAUAUGUCUUCUAUAGGAAAUCAUGGGAAAGUGUUUAUUCUUUAAUGGAUCUUUACAAAUGAAUGUCCUUACAUUUUCCUAAGUCUGUGUAAGUGCUUAUGUAUAAGUAUAUAAUUGUAUAAAUAUUUAUAAAUAUAUUUAUAUAAUUACAGUUUCCUGUAUGCAUUGAGUCAGAGUUAUCUAUCCAGAUUGGUGACUAAACAGCACCACUUUGUUGUUUUUGCACAGGAUCCACAGGUUUACCAGCAGCUUCUGAUUCCUUGCAAAAACACAACUUUCUUGGUAAUCUCUGCAAAUAAUAUAUUGGAGGGCCUUAGAUAUGAGCACUUGUUAAUAACUAAGGAGAAGCACUGUGUAUUAUCAGUAGUACACAGGAAGAAAUGGCAGUUUUGAAUUAGAGAAGGAUUUAGAAACCUUGAGUUUUCAUAUGGCACAAGGUCAGGGUGUCUUCUAGGACUAGGGGAAAGACCAGUGAAGUAGGUCCACUUGUGAGGUACAGAUUUAUGAGCAGAGUGACAGCUAAGUGUGUGAAAUGUUCUCUGAUAAAUCACCCAUUGACCUCCAUGCCCACUUCCUUUGAUAGUCCCCUUUUUAAGAAAAAUAGUCAGAUGUUGUAGUCUUUUCAAAGACGGGUUCCAGGCUUUCUGAUAAAGCCCAGUCAUUCUUGGGUGACUAUUUCUGUUUAGUAUAGUGAAUCUUGAGGGCAGGAGACAGGGUUGGAGGUAGAAAACUGAAAAGAGAUUUCCCCCUUCCUAAGCACACUUUUAGCCUUAAAGUUCAGAGUAUGGUCAUUGAAUUAUUUUAUCUCACAGUAGAGACGUAACCAUCUUGAGGUUGUUAGGGCUCCAGUAAGAGGACACAGCUACAACUCCCCCUCGUGGAGCACAUACUUUAUCUAGCAUUCUCCAAUCCCAGAAAAAUUUGCUGCUGCUUUACUUAAAAUUAAUCCACUUCCUUUUUUUAUGCCUUCUUUCUCUUCAAGAUUCUUUGAACUAAGUAAAAAGUGAUUUUUGGCUAUUUUGGAGGCAAAGAGGAAAGUGCUAUGAUUUAGCAGUGAGGGUUUGGGUUAUGGUGGAACUGUUUAAAGUGGGUUGAGAGAGAAGCACAUUUGUUGUACAUUUUGGCUUCUUUCAAGACUUUCCCUUGCUCUUUGAGUCUCUUUCUGGACUAAGAUAAGGGAGAGAAUGUUGUGACUAUAAAAGCCCUUCGUCUUGUCCUAGUACUGUUUCUGGGAGGGGGAUUGCUGAGAAGAAAUGGUUUAUAUGAAUUACACUAACUGGUUGUGUUAUUGGUUUAAGUGGUAACUGGAGGUUAGGGGGUCAGAGAUAAAGAAUCCAUAAUCCAGACACAGACUUAAGAAUGUCUGAGCACAGUCCUCUUACAGUAUUUACUUCCUCUAGUUUGAUGCUUUUCCUAGCCUGCUUUGAUCUUCAGGGGAAGGCAUUUGUGGGGUCAGCGUCCAGAUUCUCAAAAGUAUAACUUUACACAACAGUUCAACUACUUUGAUAAUAAUGGUUAUUUUCUUCAAUACACUGGGGCAGGA